UCGCGGUGGGAAAAACCUAUUGCGAAUUGGCGAUCGAUAUACGGCUACUGCGCGAAAGAAGAAAAGGCGUGGGAAACCGUUGCUUCUCAUUCCUGUAUUUCACUUGUUCAACCCUAGGCCUCCUUCGACUAUAACCAUCCUCUUCACGAAUCCAUUCCUCCUUACUCUGCGGAGGCGGCGGCACUACCAACAGAGCAGUGAGUUUGAUGUUCCGUUCUGAGUUCCUUGUUUAAGAAAUAAUCGCAUACCCGCCCAUUGCCAUCCCUAAAUUCCAAGCUCUUCUUUCAUGGAAUUUGGGGCUUGUUCCAGGGUGUGUAACAGUGCCCAAGUCUCGAACUUCAGCCCCGUCAGAAGCUACUCUCCAGGACCUUCAUGUUUUACCCAGUUUUCUAACGUUUCACUUCGUUUUCCCACCUCUGUUUCUAGCAGAGGAUACCCAUGCAAAGCCAUGCUCAACGAAACGGCCGCAAUCUCUGGAAAGGUGAAGAAGAUGGAUGGAGCUCAUUCGGGUGGAUUUGAGCUUUCUGGUUUGACGGCUUUGUCGCCGUUGGAUGGUCGUUAUUGGGGUAAAGUCAAGGAAUUGACUCCUUAUAUGAGCGAGUAUGGGCUAAUCUACUAUCGGGUUCUUGUUGAGAUUAAAUGGUUACUGCAGCUGUCUCAAAUUCCUGAAGUUACAGAUGUUCCAAAUUUCAGUGAAGAGGCUAAAUCUUACUUACAAGAAGUAAUAGAUGAAUUUAGCAUCGGCGAUGCCAUGGAGAUAAAAAAUAUUGAGAAGGUGACAAAUCAUGAUGUAAAAGCUGUGGAGUACUUCUUGAAGCAGAAAUGCCAGUCAAAUGCUGAAGUAGCUAAGGUUCUUGAAUUUUUUCACUUUGCUUGUACGUCUGAGGAUAUAAAUAAUCUUGCGCAUGCCUUGAUGCUGAAAGAAGCAAUGCAGAAAGUCAUUUUUCCUGUGAUGAAUGAUUUGAUUAAGGCUAUAUGUAACAUGGCCAGAGAUAAUGCACAUGUCCCAAUGCUUUCACGUACACAUGGGCAGCCUGCUUCACCAACUACAUUGGGAAAGGAAAUGGCAAUAUUUGCUGUGAGGUUAAGCAGAGAAAAGAAGGAGCUAUCUGAGGUGGAGAUGUUGGGAAAAUUUGCUGGUGCUGUUGGAAAUUACAAUGCACAUUUUGUGGCAUAUCCUGAUGUUUACUGGCCUCACAUUGCAGAGGGGUUUGUAAAAUCUCUUGGGUUGAGUUUUAAUCCUUAUGUUGCUCAGAUUGAAAGUCAUGAUUACAUGGCUAAACUGUUUCAUUCACUUAUCCAAUUCAACAAUGUACUAAUUGACUUUGACAGAGACAUAUGGGGCUACAUAUCUUUGGGUUACUUUAAGCAGAUUACCAAGGCUGGGGAGAUUGGGUCAUCAACUAUGCCUCACAAAGUAAAUCCCAUUGACUUCGAAAAUAGUGAAGGUAAUCUUGGAGUGGCCAAUGGAGGCCUAUCUCAUCUAAGCAUGAAGUUGCCUAUUUCACGUUGGCAGCGGGACUUGACUGAUUCAACUGUCUUAAGGAACAUGGGUGUAGGAAUAGGCCAUUCUCUUCUAGCCUACAAAAGCACACUUCAAGGGAUAGCAAAGCUUCAGGUCAAUGAAGCUCGCUUGAGUGAAGACUUGAACCUAUGCUGGGAGGUGCUGGCCGAACCAAUACAGACUGUCAUGCGAAGAUAUGGGGUUCCAGAACCCUAUGAGAAAUUAAAGCACUUGACGAGAGGGAGGUCGGUCACUAAAGAAAGCAUAAGGGAGUUUAUUGAGGGCUUGGACAUACCGAAAGAAGCAAAGACGCAUCUAUCAAAGUUGACACCACAUACUUACAUAGGAGCGGCUGUGGAGUUGGCCAAAAAUGUGGAAACAGCCGUGAAUGCUGUGAUUGGGAUGAAAAUCUUUUGAGAAGCUUCAGGCCUCAGUAUUAGGACCAGAUCUGAAGACACUUCCCUAAAUUUAAUUCCAUGUUGGCUCUUGUUGUACCUGGGGAGGCUCAAUUCUUACCCCAUUUUCCAUUGGGGGUAUCACCAACGAUUUUCCUUUGGGUCGCUCCGAACCCUCCGCUAACAUCUAGAUUUCAUAAUUUACACUCGAUUUAGAUUUAGAAAUAAGAAAAUCUCUUGUAUUAUAACUUAAACGGUCCAUGGUUUUUUUUUUUUGGGACCUGAUAAACGACCCAUGGUUGAUGGAGUAGAUUUUUUAUGGUGAAAGUCACCAGCUUGCGCCUCUUGCAAUAUUGAAGUGGUGGAAUAGCGAUUUCCGGUUCCAGACCUGGGAUUGUCGUAA